AUGCAAUUCCGAAGCGCACUCGCUUUCAUCGCCCUAUUGGUGUCCUUACCUCUCACGUUGGAUGCUCAAAACCUUCCUAACGACUACAUCGUGAUAGAAAACGUGAACUUAGCAAAGGGCGGCCUAAUGAGGAUCAUGAGCGCGAACGGGAUGACCGCUUUCCGUUUGAUCAAGGAUCUAAACACUCCAUCUAAUGGGAAGACGACGACGACACUCACGGACGGAUUUCAAAAGAAGCUGUUUGCGCUAGUCUCGAGCAAUGAUGACUGCAAGUCCAAGACCACCUUCACCCAGCUCGAAGGCCCGGUGUCAAAAGACGGCUUACCAAAGCGAGCCUAUAGCUAUGAUCCCCGAGGCUUCCGGAGCAAUGUCUGGCGCUUUAACGUAUACAAUGAUGCCGCAGGUGCCCGGCAGUACUACAAAUUCAUCAAAAAUCGCACAAACAAAGGAGGCAUCAUUUACAGAGUCGCCAGAGGUCAAGGUGACGUGAUGGUAGGCCGGCUCAGAGGUCAAAGUCGCCAAGAUAGCUGGCUGAACGUUCCCGGCGGCAUCUCAACCUUCACUCUUUCAUGCACCGAGGGUGCCCCAUUGCCCGAGUUGGUAACUAUGCUGGCCUACGCCCACAUCCGACACGAUCAGUGUUGA